AUGUCUGCCGCUGCUCCUUUCGACCCUGGAGGUGGAAACAAUAGGGUAUUCACUGGUGAUGAUGAAGAUGCCAAGGAAUAUCGGAGAUGGAAGAUUUGGACUGCCAACAAGUUGCUGACGCUCAGCGACAAAGUGCCCGCCACGGCUCGUGGCGCCUACGUAUACACGUUGUUGGGUGGAAAGGCCUUGGAGGCCGUGGAGCAUUUGGAACCAUCCUCCUAUCAGAAGGAGGGUGGCGAGAAGGUGCUGUUCGAACUCCUGGAUCGUCGUUUUCCUCAAAAGGAGGCUUCGGAUGAGCUCAGCGAGAACUUGACCCGGAUCUUCGAGCUACGAGCUCACGAAGGAGAAUCCCUCAAGUCAUGGGUCAGUCGAGCUUCAGAGGCUUUUGACAACCUGCAGCGCAAGACGAACGUCUCCUUUCCGGAGGAGGCUAGAGGAUGGCUCAUCCUCCAUCGUUCAGGCCUCAAUGCUGAACAGGUUGCCGUCGUUUUGGCCAGAUCGCUGGGAGUGCUUAAGCGUGAAGAAGUUGGAAAGGCAAUGCGUAGCUGUUAUCCCAAUUUUUCCGCGCCCAAGCGCCGUGUUGCAAGCGCUGCCCUGGUUUCCGAAGAAACCCUGCUGGCUGAUAUGUUGGAGGAUGACGAGAACGGUCAGGACCCGUCGUUUGAGGACGUUGAACUCCUGUUGGCUGAUGACACUACGGCCGAUGAUGGAGAACCCGAUGACGUGUUUGACGAACGUGACAUCAAGGAGACCUUGGCUGUCACUUGGCAGGAGAAACGGAAAAGCCUGGCUCGAUUGCAGAAGGAUCGUAAGUUCCAUGAUGCUGGCCACCUUCGACGACAGUUCAGAGUUGAAUCGGGAGCUGCUCUGGUCGAACAUUUUGUUGCCAUGGUGAUUCCAGAGUUGACAUUGCUUCAACGUGUACGAGCUCUUCAUUCUCCACUCGCUAGAGAACCUCCUCAGGAGCUGCUCUUAGUGUCCAGUCCAGGAUAUGGUAUCCUGGAUUCUGGGUGUGGUCGUUCCAUUGUGGGAGAGGAUACACUGAGCGAGUUCCGUGAGUUGUGGAAAGCCCAUGGUUUUGUCGACCCUGAGCCUAUUCAAGAGCUGAACCAUUUCCGGUUUGGGAAUGGUGCCCAGGAAACUUCGCAUCAAGUGAUCCCCAUGCCGGUCGUGUUGGGAGGUCUCAAAGUUCCUCUUCAGACCAACACCGCUGGCCAGUUCAUUGUAAACCUGUUGGGUGACAAGACUCCUCAUGAAGCAUCCUUUGAGGAAGUCAUGGAGACACAUGUAGUGCCACCGGCUGAGCAGCCGUCUCUUGAUGCCCCGGAGUCUGAUCCACCGACAGCUGAUCAGACGCCCAUGGAUGAGCCUCUCACCUCAGGACACCUGUCGAUUUGGUCUCGUAUCGACGAUGGAUUGAAAUUUGCACCACUCUCCGGUAAGCAAGGUCCUAGUUGGAGCCAGGUCGUCCGUCGCCGGGUCACCGAUUUCGUGUCUGGAGAAGUCAUUCUUGAUCAACAGAUAGAACACCAUAAGGGCAAGAACCAAUAUCACACGUUGAUUCCACCACAGCACGUUCGAGUGAAGACCGAGUUCUUUUUCCGGCCACAGGAGAAGAUGUGCCCUACUGAGUGUCUGCCGGUUCAUCACCUGCGACAACUGAGAUCUCAGGUGAAGUGCACGAACGCAUGUCCAGCUACCAUGAUCAAGGGUCGCCGAUUCGUUGUAGCCGAAGUUUUCAGUCCACCUCGAUUUGCACCUGUCGCCCAAGAGUUUGGUUUCCACGCGACAUCAUAUGAUCUGAUAACCGGAUAUGACUUUACUAAGAAAGAGCAUCGCGACUUGGUCCAAGAAGAGCUGGACAUCUCACCACCCGACCUGUUGGUCCUGUGUCCGCCUUGCACUCAUGAGGGAGGAUGGUGGCAUCUCAAUGCCGCUAAGCUGCCUCCGCAUCUAGUUCUGAAGCUGAGGAUGCGAAGCCGGAUGUUCAUCAAGUUUUGUCUGGAGCUGUUUGAACAACAGGUGUCUAAGGGUAGAUUCGCUAUGUUCGAGCACCCCCUUGGAUCUCAAGUUUGGACUCUACCUGACAUGAAGUUGUUGAACCGAUUCUAUUCGACCAAGUUGCACAUGUGUCGAUAUGGUAUGAGGAUGCCCCACCAUGAUUGUUUCAUCCGGAAACCCACUCGUCUUUUGAUCAGUCAUCGGAACAUGGAGUCUUUAGGGCUGGUUUGUCCAGGAAAGCAACAUCGUCAACAUGCAUGUCAUGAUGUGAUUGCCGGUUCAGCAGUUGGGGUGGGUUCCAUUAGCAAGUUUGCAGGUCAAUAUCCCCCAGCCUUUGUUGAGAGUGUCCUUCGAACCAUUCCUGCUUUUGCAAGGGUCUGGGAAGCAUCCUUAGUGCAGUGUGGAGAUGAAUCGUUCUCACACGUGGUUGAAGAAUGCCUGGCGGCCCACCGCGAGGAUCUGACACGACCGGAGGUCGAGGACGCUCGAGUGAAUGGUGCCCUGAUGAAAUUACACAAGAACCUAGGACACCCGUCCAACACUGACUUGGUUCGAAUCCUUCGUCAUGGUCAGGCUUCGCAGAAGGCCAUAGCCAUGGCCCGGGAUCUGAUGUGCGAUUUUUGCAAGGCUCACAUCAAGCCUCAUGUGCCGCUUCCAGCACAGUCAGGUCGCAUCACUCAAUUCAACCAGUUAGUCGGGGUGGACGUGAAGUACCUCCCAGGUUGGUUGCCUAACCAAAAGAUCAAGUCUGUUAACAUGGUUGAUCAGGGGUCGUGCUUUCAACAGAUUGUUCCCUUCUUUGAGCAAGAGACAUCAAUGUUGAUUGGCAAGAUCUUUGCCGAAGCCUGGGUCCGCUGGGCCGGACCUCCGGAGUCUGUGAUCGUCGAUCCUGCACAAACCAUGUUAGGUGAAGCAUUCCAAUCGUAUCUAGAGUCCAUGGGAACCCACUGCAAGGUCAUUGCUGCCGAAGCACACUGGCAAUUAGGACGCACUGAGAAUCAUGGAGGUUGGUUUGGUAGGAUUCUGCAAAAGAUGAUUGAUGAACAUUCGCCCUCAAACAAAGAAGAAUGGUUGGAGUGUGUUCGCCAUGCACAUGUGAAAAACCAGUCCAUUCAGAUGGUCAUGGAAUUCAAAGCCGGUGAACUGGUUGCCUAUUGGCGUCAACAGAAGGUCAAAGACCGUGCAAUUGAGCCAUAUGUGAAUCCUAAGUCCCUACCAUAUGUCCCGGAAGAGGAAUCCUCGUAUGGUCCAGUGCGGCGUAGAGUCUCCACCAAGUCUCAAUCGUCUUCACUGUUUCGGCCACCAGCGAUGCUAGCGGAUGAUUUUUCAGAGUUGAUGAAAGACCUCGUGCCAUCCCUUAUCGAGAAUGCCAUUUCGAGUGAACAGGGAACAUCAAGCAGUUCCGCUUCAUCCGCGGCCGGAGUCAAGCGUGAUCGUGAAGACGAUGUGACACCCAUUGAAGAACCACCGGCUCAACGUGCACGGAAUGUGGAUUCGGAAGUGCUGUCGAUCGAGGAAGUCGCCGAUGCUUGGAAUGAUGGCAUUGAAACCCUCAUUGCUGCUCACAUCCAAAAGAAGCUCAGUAAAGAACUCCCUCCUCAUGGCAACCCACCAGAACUUCAAGCUUUGGUGGAUGAAUCCAAGGUAGCUGAAUGGGGAACCCUCGAAGAAAAAACCGCCAUCAAGAUCCAUUAUGGGAAAAAGGCACAAGAGUUGAAGCGUCGCUUUCCAGAUAGGUUUAUUGGAUCUCGGUUCGUAAUCAUUAGAAAGGCGGCUGAAGAGGGGAUCGUCAUCGAUCCUCUCAAUCCCUCGACCUACCGUGUGAAGAGUCGUUGGGCCAUGCCAUUGAAUGAGGCUGAGAGUCGCCAGCUCCAACUUCUGUUGGCCAAAGCGAACGAACCCAAUGUCGGAGCCGAGGAUGGUGAUUUCACCCUCGUGCAAGGUGAAGUCAACCGUGGUUGGGGAGCCAUGACUGAUGGUUCCAAGCGCCGUGAGGCGUCCAAUUCCGGAGAACCAGUCCUCAAGCGUGCUGACAAGAAAGCCCCUUCUGGCUAUUCGAUGUCACCCGGCAUGUCACCUCCAUGGAAGUUAGCCCCUGAUGGCCCGAUGAGCUCAAUGGAUGAUCCUGAUCUUCCUCACGAGACCGGUGAGAGUGUUCAGAGUGAAGGCAAGAUCCUGACUUUGCCACAGGGAGUGUCCAGCGUUGAAGUAUGGGGGAAAACCCUCAUCACCUGCGGUCGCUUCAAGGGAGCCAACAUGUCAUAUGAAGAAUUGUGGUCCAAUACAGAUCCAUCCGUUGUGCAGUAUAAGCAGUGGUGUUGCGCACGUGCCUUUUCGUUGACCGGCACCAUGCGCGACAUGUCCCAAUAUUUGCUUUUCAUGAAUGGCAAGAGCUCGAGCUCCCAGUUCUCGGAUGGUCCAAUCAUUCCGGGAUCGGACGUCCGCCGUCAAUACAAGACGGCAAAGUGA